AUGGCCCUCCGCUUACCCAUUCGGCUGGUCAGGUCAACAGCCCCUCCUGUUGCCCUGUCUUUCCCUCGCCCUAUACCCGUACCGCCCGUAACGGGCUCGACCAUAUGGCACUGUCAAGCCCGUCAGAGCUCCCAUUCUCCAAUGGGCGUGGCUAUUGAUCGCAAGAAAGUUACUAUCAAAUCUUUGCGGGCGCUGUACAAAAAGAAGGAACCUAUCACUAUGUUAACGGCGCAUGACUUCCCAAGCGGACAUGUCGCAGAAGCAGCCGGCAUGGAUAUGGUCCUUGUAGGCGACAGCCUAGCCAUGGUUGCCCUGGGAAUGGAUGACACGAGUGAGGUGUGCUUGGACGAGAUGAUACUUCAUUGCCGGAGUGUAUCUCGUGCUGUUGGAGCGGCCUUCACGGUUGGUGACCUACCCAUGGGUUCAUAUGAGAUUUCUCCAGCGCAGGGCGUUGCUUCCGCUAUUCGUCUCAUUAAAGAAGGGCGAGUUCAAAGCGUCAAACUAGAAGGGGGCGCGGAGAUGGCGACAACUAUCAAGGCGAUCACACAGGCCGGGAUACCAGUUGUGGCCCACGUUGGUCUAACACCUCAACGAGAGAACGCGCUUGGAGGUUUUCGUGUCCAGGGUAAAUCGACUGCCGGUGCCGUGAGAAUCUUAAACGAUGCUCUUGCAGUUCAAGAGGCUGGUGCGUUUAUGGUUGUGCUUGAAGCCGUCCCUUCAGAGAUUGCACGCAUCAUCACCGAUAAGUUGAAAAUACCAACCAUUGGAAUUGGGGCCGGUACUGGCUGUUCGGGACAAGUGCUGGUCCAAGUUGAUAUGACUGGGAACUUUCCGCGUGGCCGGUAUCUCCCGAAAUUUGUGAAGAAGUAUGGUGAUGUAUGGGGUGAAAGCUUGAGGGCGAUUGAGAAAUAUAGAGACGAGGUCAAGAACGGUGAAUAUCCUUCCCUGGAAUACACAUACCCCAUCUCGAAAGAGGACCUAGAGGAAUUUGAGAAAUUGGCGAAUAAAGCUUAG